UCGAAUCCUGCUCGUUACUGCCUUCUCGUUUGGAAGUAAGCUUAUCUCUGAAAAUAACAACAAAACGCGAAAUGAAACAGGGAGUGAUUAUCUAAACAAUUUCACUAGUCCAGCGCCAGAUUACCAGAGGCCUAUCUACUGUAGAACCAAUGGCUUCUGUAGCAGAGCGUUUCACGUGCCCAAUAUGCUGCGAUAUAUUUCAAAAACCAGUACAGCUGCCCUGCAAACAUGUGUAUUGUCGACAGUGUCUUGAAAAUGCUGCUAAAAGAGGACGAGACCUACAUGUAUGUGCAGUUUGUAAGGAUAAUUUUAACUUACGUGAUGUGCAGCCGACUCCAGAUAUUGAAAGAAGAUUAGACAUUGAAAAGGAUGCUUGUCGUGGAUGUAAAAAACUGAUGACGUUGUCAGAAUUAAGGAUGCAUACAUCGAUAUGUGCAGAAUUAUUAAAAACUGUGAAAGAAACUAGAUUUAAACCAGUAGCUAAGUCUUCUCAACACAUCCCCAGUAAUGUGCCAAAUCGCUCCACCUUCAACUGUCCCUUCUGUGCGGAGAAGAAUUUAGAUUGUGAAGGUCUGCGAGAACACUGUAUGGGAGCACACAGACAUUGUGACCAGAGAGUGGUAUGCCCAGUGUGUGCUGCCAUGCCUUGGGGUGAUCCCAACAUGAAAAGUGCCAACUUUCUACAACACCUUAAUACCAGACAUAAGUUUGAAUAUGAAACAUAUGUGGAUUAUGGUGAAGAUGAAGAUGCCAUGCUCCAAAAAGCAGUGCAAGCCUCUCUAAAUGAUAAUUAAAAAUAGCACUACACUUUGAUGGAAUAACAUAUUGACUGGAACUUACUGAAGGGCCUCAUAAUGCACAACUGCUCAGCUGGCUGCAUAAUAGUAUAAGCACAAUGUCAGGCUCUUACUUUUGGUGCAAUUCUAAUAUUAAGCUGGAGAAAAAUACCAGGAAAAAACAACUAGUCACUGUAAAACAUAAUUUGUUUGAAGGAAAUGUUUGAUAAUAUUGUCUUUGGUAACAGUUGUCUUAUUUUAAAGAGUCAGUCUUUGGAUAUCACAGCAUUUUAAUGGAACUUCAGAGUAUUGUGCGUAGGUAAUGUCCUUCUUUCUCAUUAAAAUAUUCUGUAUAUGUAUCAU